ACAACGACAUGAGUUUCACGUGUUUUUGAAUGAAAAUUGUGUAUAUUUAGAAAAGGGAAAAAAUAAAUAAAACAGUGUAUAUUUUAUGAUUGAAUUGAUUUUAAAUACUAUGUGAUUGUUGUACAAUUGUAUAUCAAAAUGGUAAUCACAGAGGACAAAGAAGUUGAUAUAUUCGUAGCUAGUAAAAUAGGAUCUUUCAAACAUAUUAAAUACCACACAGAUUCAACAAAAAAUAACAAGAAAUGCAUAGAGAAUUUGGUUGAAAUUAAAAGCUUACAGAAGGACGAUGGAAUAACCUCAAUGGUUUGGGGGAAUGAGGAACAAACGGAAAUCUUGAUUGGAAAGAAAAAUCAACAGGUACAAGUAUACAAUACUCUCCAAGGCUUCACAAAAACAUACACAGCGGACUUUGGUACUGGUGAUAUAGUCGGGCUUGGCAAACACAAGCGACGUCUGCUGGCCGCUCUUUCGAGCGGAGUGGUACAAAUCUGGAGUAAAAAGGAAAAUGUAGUUGUAAAUACGGGUGGCAAGUUGGAUAAGAUGAAAGUGUGUGAUCAAGACACCACAUUAUUCGCUACCGGUGGAGAAGAGAAUGACCUUAAAGUUUGGCGAAUUGGAGAGUCUGCUCCGUUGUUCAGUGCUAAAAACCUGCCCCAUGAUUGGCUGCAACUCAGAAGGCCAGUGUGGGUCUCGGAUCUGACCUUCUUGACCCAGGAGCUGGUGGCUGUGUGCUCUAGGCAUGGUUAUGUUAGGCUAUACGACACAAGAUCUCAAAGACGACCGGUCUGCAAUGUUGAGUUUCAAAUGGCUGCAACUUGUAUGGCGCCUGCGUUUGAUGACCGACACGUAUUGGUGGGAUUCGGUCGCGGUCAGCUCCAGCAAGUGGACCUCAGGAGGGGGAAGCCAGACAAGGCGUACAAGGGAGCGGUGGGGGCGGUGUCGAGCGUGGUGGCGGCGGGAGGGAGAGUGAUCAGCGCCAGUCUGGACCGACAUCUACGAGUGCACGGGGGGGACACCAAGGAUUUACUGUAUAAGCAAUACAUGACUUCAAAGCUGACGUGCGUGCUGGUUCAAACCGCAACAACCACUCCCCUCAAGAGGGAGGAUGUAGAGGUCAAAGAGGAGGACCAGGCUAAAGGCGCGGAGGUGAAGGAAGAGGACAUGGAUGAUAUAUUUGAAAAUAUGGAAACUAUUGGUGAUAAACAAAGCAAGAAACGUAACGGAGAUACUGGAAUAACAGAAGCGAAGAAGAUGAAGCCGUCAACAGAGGGCAGCACUGUAGAUAUAGAAGAUAACAAUGAAGAUCCAGAGGACGCAAUAGUAAAACUCUUACGCAGCACAGAGAAGCAGAAAAAGAGAAUGGAAAAGAAGAAACGGGAGAAGAAAGCGAAGAGCGUGUUUCAUAAUGCCUAGAAUAAAUAUUUCUAUUACCAAACGUCGUUGUUACUUAUGAUUCUAAACCACAAAAAUUUAAC